UCCUUUGAUCCACUCAAAAGCUUCGACUGAUUUGUUCGAAUGUAUAUCGACUUCCACUUCCAUUUCAUCUUUUUCUAACAUUCAUCAGUGUUUUUCCUUUGUGCUGUGCACAAAUAUUCGGAUCCCAUCCAUAUAUACAUAACAGAACUCUAGAGAAAUUCCCAAAAUUUGAAAGAAAUAUUACAGAAGAAGCAUUAAUUAUUCUUUUCCAACGACUUAUUGAUCGAUUGCAAAAAAUCAGAUUUAUUAUAGAGAAGAUGAAGAAUAUAUUGAAACCGAAACCUAAUCCGCAGCAAUUACUCAAAGAUUGGCAGCGUCGCCUCCGCCAAGAUUGUCGCAAUAUCGAACGCCAAAUCCGAGGUCUUUACAUAUAUUUUUAUUGUUUUCUUUUAUAUAUCUGGAUUGUUUUUGCAAAUAGUGGAUUUUGACUAGUGUUUUUGGUUUUUAAUUAUUGGUUCUGCUAAAAGAAAAAUGUGCAAGAAAGCAAUUAAAGAGGCUGCAGAGAGAAAUGACAUGGGUUCUGCUAAGGCACAGUAAUUACAAUUUAAUUUAUUAUGCUUGAUUUAUUCUGGUAUGUUGAUGUAAUGGAUGAUAAUGAAGGCAUGAUCGGCUUUGGAUUGGUUUCCUCUAUAUAAUUUAUAGUUCUAUACUGAAGUUGUUUAUUUUUUGUAUUUUAUGGAGUAUUGAUUAGUGGUAAUGUUUGGAUUUUGUUCUUAAUUCUGCAAUUUCUGAAACUGAUAUCCUUGUUUGGAAGAUACCAACUUUGGAUCAGCAAGCUUGUUCUUAAAUCAAAGUCCUGAUUAGGGAGAGAUUGGUGGUGGGGUGGCAAUAGUAUAUUUGCUCUGAUAAUUAAGAGGGCAUGGUAUAUUACUCGAGUACGAUGAGAAUGGCCAUGUCUCAUGUAAGCCAACCUAGAAAUACCGAAUGUUGUGUAUAAUGUAUGUAUUGUAUCCCUCUAAGAUGUGAAUAAGUUAUCUAGGACCUUGAUUCUGCAGAUAAUGGCCUCAAAAGUCGAAACAUGUUAUGUGGAUUAUUAUGUACUGAAGGCAAAAUUAGAGGAUAAUGACCCUGACUAUGACAUGUUUUGCAUGUUUCAAAAGCCCCAUGUUCCCAAGCUUGCUCCUAUCACAGUGAGAUAGAUUGAAAUCAAAUGACUUAAUGGAUGCAGGUCACUGAGUGUCACUGUACACACUUGGUGCGCAUCUUAACCUGGCCAUUUCAACUUUGUGUCAGUCAAGGAUCUUUGGGACAUAGUUUAUCAAAGAGUAUUAAAAUUUUAUGUGAUUGGUGUUUCAGAAGGUUGUUCUUAGUUGUUAAGACAAGACUAAUGUGUCUAUGUUACAUAUCCAGUGAAUGACUGAGAGAGAGAGAGAUAACAGAAGGGAAACUUUAAAUUAAUAAAGCAUGAGAGAUUGCCAUGCUCCCACUUGUCAGGGUUUGCACAUAUUUAGAAAUUAUUACAUUCUUUUGGUUCCUUCCCCACCGAAUAACUUCAAAUUUGACCAGAUAAUUUAUAUCUGAACAACAUUGCUAUGUCUCAAUGUGCAAAUAUUGCCAGUUCUUGGUGCAUUUUGUGUUCUUAUAUUGAACAAACCAUGAAAAGAAGGUGUUUUACUAUUCUGAUAUGCUGUUUGAUCAUUUCUCUAACAGGCACUAGCGAAAGAAAUUGUGAGAUCUAGGAGGACUGUGAACCGCCUAUAUGAAAACAAAGCACAGAUGAUCUCAAUAUCAAUGCAUCUAGGAGAAAGUGUUGGCUGGUAUAAUUGAAGAGACGAUGAAUGAUACGUUGGACAGUGCACUAGACUCGGAAGACAUAGAAGAAGAAGAAGAAGAAGAAGAAGAAGAAGAAACAGAAGAAGAAGAAAUUGACAAGGUAUUAGCAGCAAUUGCUGGUGAGACUGCUGCCCAACUUCCUGAAGCAAUUAGGAAACAGAAGCUGAAACAACCUGCAACUAGUGAAGAUGCAGAGGACAAUGUGGACGACGAGGAAGAGCUAGAAGAGAUGAGGACUCGUCUCGCAAGAGUUCGGCCAUAACUCUUUAUCUUUCUUUAUCUCUCUCCCCAUCUCAUCGAGUCGGUAGUAUAUGGAAGGAUCUUGGUUAGUAAAUAGUAUAUUGCACAAUGGUGGAUUUGAUAAAGCUCACUUACUGUUGUAUUAUUAUAAGCUACGCUUAUGCCUUAUACUACUGACAUGAUU